CAAGGCAUGCCAAUUUCCUUUUUCAAUACUGUCACCCAACCCAAUCAGGCUACUCCUCUCAUAAUAAACCGUGUGCUCCUCUUCAAUGACCGAUGUUGCUUUCCCAACGAAAUGAUGAGGAAUAGAAGAUAAUCAAGCUCUUCCACUAAAACCGCCGGAUUACAGGAUAUUAAACGAUUAAAAAAAAAGUUUUCUAACUGAAAGGGAUAUCACACCUGCCAACGCUUACCGGAUACCCUGGUAUCUGGAAUUCGCCGCCACGUAAUUAGUUCGGACCGAAGUUUAUUUUAGUGUGAUGAAACGGAUCUCCUAUUUGACAGGGAAAGUCUGAAAUAUAUUACAGGAAAAAUAUAAAUUAAAUAAGAAAUAAUUGAUGUUCGUAUAACAAGGGUCUGUAGCCUAGUCUUCGAGGGAAAGGUGCUUUCUCCCAAAGAACCAACCGUCCAGGGUUUUUUUGCACAGGACCUUCAAGUGGAUCUGUGAACAGCCAGAAUGAAAUGGGAGAAGUUUAAGCCUCCAGAGCCAGAUGAUCCCAUGUGCUGUUGUGAGUGUGAUGUAGACCCACAUGGAUGCUGCUGUGACUGUGACGAUCUGGAUGAAGCUUGCAGCAGGUGGCUAAAGGGGGAGCCUCAGAAACCUGACUGUGUGUUGCCUGUGUUUGGCGCAGUGAUGGACCGGCUGAGGGUGAGACUGUUACCAGGGGACAGGCGGGUGGAGCUCUCCAUGGUCCCAGCUCUAGUGUUGCUUCCUCUGCUAUUGCGUCUGGCAGCCCUGCACUUCCUGUUGGGCUUGGUCAUUCUAACAGCCCUGCCUGGCCUGGUGCUGUUGUACUACUACGCCACACACCGGAAGAAGGGCCGCACCCUCUUCUUCCUCAGCCUGGCGCUCUUCUCCCUAGCCUACAUGUACUUCCUCUUUGUCACAGAGAUCUUACCUCGUGGGGAUGUAAGUCACCUGCAGCUUGUGACCGUGACAACGGGUGUGGUUCUCACUCUCAUCUCCCUUGUGCGCACUAAGAGGGGGCCAGGCUUUGUGCAGCCUUCCCUAGCUGCCAUACACAGCACCAAUCAAAGCCAACUGCCUGACAAACACUCUGCCUCUCAGAAUGAAGUGGACCAGUCGAUGAUGCCAGCAUCCCCAGCCAAACCAGUAGAACAGCAGACACAGUCCCUGACAGCGAAGGGGGGCACUUGUCCUCUGUGCAAAGUGGUGCGUCCCCCGCGGGCGGGGCAUUGCCGGAUCUGUGGAGGCUGUGUCCAGCGCCUGGACCACCACUGUAUCUGGCAGGAUAAACAGCUGUGUCGGCAAGGCCAAUCAUCGCAACUUCCUGCUGACCCUGCUCCUCUUUCUGUUGACCUCUCUGUAUGGGAUCAGUCUGGUACUGCGGAGCGUGUGUCCCCGACAGAAUCUACUCACCGCCCUGCUCUACUGCCCUGGUGUCUACAAUCAGUACAGCUCAGCCCUGUGCUUCACCUGUGCUUGGUACAGCAGUAUUGUCACAGGAGGUCUGCUGCACCUGCUGAUGCUGCAAAUGAUCAAUAUCAGCUACAAUUUGACGGAGCGGGAGGCACAACUUGCUCUGCGGAAGAAAAAUGGCCAGAGUCGUCUGCAUGGCCUCGUUAUCGACACAGGGGUCUACUCACGUGGCUUCUGGCAGAACUGGGCUGAAUUCCUGACCAUGGGAGAACCUGCAGAUAGACACCCCUCUGCCCUCACUGACUUGGUUUAGCCUUGGCUUAGCACCAUGCCACUCUGCCCAACUAGUUCAACACUGCUGGGUUUCAACUGGAAACGCCUUUCCUCUACCAUGCUGGUGGGCUGUGUGGGACUGUGAGCAUCUCUGAACUUUCAACUGCCCUUGGGUCACGCAAACUUAUUGCAACUCAGAGAUGUUCGUUUUUAAUCGUUAAGUAGACCUCUAUAUUCCCGAACACUUGGGUAGAGACAAUAACCAUGUUCCUCCAGGUUGUCAUGGAUACAACUAUUAGUAUUAGUUAUAACAUGGUGUAAAUAUAAAGGGCUGCUCUGCGUAUUUAAUAAAGUUUUAACCUUUGAAAAAAUUAUCUUUGAUUUAAUACAGUUUUAACCUCUGACAAAUAUGUUAGAUUUUCCAAAAGGAUGUAAAGAUUCUUAACCAUGACAUACUAAAUAGCAAUGGAUGAAUGGACAUGCAUGACUUAGAGAACAUGUUUAUGACACUGUAAACUACGCAUUGACAUUUAGUGUGCCUGACCAUAAGGUGACACAGGCGAAGAUUACUUUAAAGGGAAGAAAGCUGUGACAGACAUGAGCCUCCUCUCAACCCACAUACUCUUUGUAGUUCAAUUUGAUAUUAAGUUUGCAUGUACAGUAAAUGUCUUUUAUUUCAACUAUCCUGUUCACUGUAGAAGACUAAGAUUCAUUUUCCUUUGUGUCUUGUUUAUCAUGCCAAUAAAGCAUAUCAAAUCCAACU